GCGCAAGAAAAUAAAAACCCAAAUCCAUAAAUAGAUGAAUGUAUAUUUAAAUGGUAUAUAAAGAAAGUGAAAAUCAAAAUAUUUCACAGCAAACAUAGUCUGACAAGAUGGUCAUUGCUGCGACAUCAAAGCACGUGUCUCAUCUGCUGGUUGUAGCCCUUCUCGUUCUGGCAACAUGCUCGGCUCACAAGUAUGGUUAUAAUUCACAGAGGGGACGAGUGUCAAGCCGCCGGGGAAAUCUGGCAGGAAUCUCCCAAUGCUAUAGCUUUGGACAACUUGCAUGCCAUGCUUCUGGAUUCAUUGUUCGGUGUUACACCUCCUCUCAAAGAUGUGACGGAACUCUCAACUGUCCAAUGGGAGAGGACGAAUUCAAUUGUGUGUCCGACAUAACAGUAACAAGAACGUCCUUCUCCACAACGACAUCGACAACGACCACAACUUACACUACGACCUCGUCAACGACUAUUUCUGCAACAACAACCACAACUGUCACCAGCUCGACGACAACCAUCUCGACAUCCUCUCGGAAGCUUACGGCCGUCAUACCAUGGAAAGCGACAAGCUCAUCAACUACGGUGAUUGUCUCCUCUACAAUAAAUUAUAGUACACUAGUGCAGGUGCCUAUAGGAUUGGACUAUGCGGCUAACGACAUCGUAUGUCGAGGUCUUGCCGACGUGGCUGCAGGACCUGUUGCUGGCAAUAAUGUUUUCCUUCUAACUAUUUCCACACCGACGAUAAAUAUUCCAGCAACCGCACACGUGAUGUGCAUGCCGUCUACUACAUCAUUUGUUUAGUCAAAAGAAGCAUUUUUAGAACAUCUUUGAGAACUUCUACAAGUAAUUACGUCGCACUUACGUAAUGAAGGGGUUAAGUUUACUAACACAUUCAUUCACUUCUGUCAUUAUAGACAACCGUAUAUGGCAGUGUACCUAUAAGAGAAGAUCACCUGAAAAUAAAAGGAAAAUGUGACUCCCCAAUGAUAUAUUUGACUGUAUGAUUGCUUUUAUGCCUCACAUUGCAUAUCUGAUGUUUGCUUAAAAAAUAUGAAUGCACGCCUUGAUAAAACGAAACAUGAUGCAUAUUCUUAAUAACAGAUUAACGAAGAAAUUAAGCCAAGGCGGAUACCAGUAAGAUUUUUGUAUUCAGACGACAAAGUAUUUACUGUUUGAUCUUUAUACAAGCCAAAAAAAGAAAAAAGAUCAAAAACAGUGAAUCGAAAUUUUAUAUAAUUGCAUCACAUGAUGCUUUAUAAUGCUGCUAGACACGUAUAAUUGUAUUGACGUUUACACCAUAAUUCACGCUCGAAUCAAUGUAUAAAUUUCUGUAACAGACACUCUGCAAAUGCUAAAGCGUAUUAAUUUCAUAAAUAAUGUAAUAAGCCCUUAUUUUUUCAUACUUUUCAAAAUGUUUUAAGAGAAAACAAACAGGAACCGCUCAGGUAAAUUCGCUUUUAUUGUGUAAUUUGAGUCUAAAGUGGGCAAUGUGUAUUUGAUUUCGAUAUUUAACAAUCGCGUGAAAAUAUUUUUAAGCUUAUAUCUGUUAAAUAUGUGGGUUCUUUUCUGCACAACAAAUGUUUUUAGGGUUUUGUGUAUUUAUUAGGCCUUAGCCUUCGAAUACGAAGUUCCUUGAAUAUUUUUUGAAAUUAUUAAUAAGAAUGGUACAAAUAGCGGUCUUCAGUAUGUAACAGCUAUUAAAUAUGUUGGUACAAAAUGGCCACAAACAAAUGCAGUAAGAAUACUUCAUAAAAUUUUAUUACUCUAUUUUCAACAUGCAUAAAGGUAUGUUUCUAUGACAGGCUUGUUAUUUGAAGCCUUGAUGUAUAACAUAAACCUUUAUCCCUGGUGAAUAAAAGUAUAAAACAUCUUAA